CCCGAGGGCACAUUUCAGCUGCCGUAAAAGAAGAAGAAAAAAACAAGGGAGCAGACAAACACGAAGUGCAGAGCCCAGAGAGAGAAGAGAGAGAGGAAGAAGAAGAAGAAGAAGAAGAAGAGAGAGAGAAGAUAGGAGAGAGAGAGAGAGGGGGAAGAUGUCUGGCAUUGCGAGAGGGCGUCUCACCGAAGAGCGGAAGGCGUGGCGCAAGAACCACCCCCAUGGUUUCGUCGCGAAGCCGGAGACUUUGCCCGACGGCACGGUGAAUCUGAUGAUCUGGCAUUGCAUAAUACCUGGGAAGGCCGGGACUGAUUGGGAGGGCGGCUUCUAUCCCCUUACACUUCAUUUCAGUGAAGACUACCCAAGCAAACCUCCUAAGUGUAAAUUUCCUCAAGGGUUCUUCCAUCCGAAUGUGUACCCUUCUGGAACUGUUUGCCUAUCAAUCCUCAAUGAAGAUAGCGGUUGGAGACCAGCUAUCACGGUAAAACAAAUUCUUGUUGGCAUUCAGGACUUACUAGACCAGCCAAAUCCUGCAGAUCCUGCGCAGACUGAAGGUUAUCACCUCUUCAUCCAGGAUGUCACCGAGUACAAGAAGAGAGUGCGAAUGCAGGCCAAGCAAUAUCCUUCACUCAUCUGACAUUGGCCUGCUUUCUGGUGGUUCUUGAUCUCUGUCAAUUUCUCGCCCAUGUUUGUCUGCCUUUUACUCCAGACUGAUUGUACUUGGUAAUUGUUGGUUACCUUAUAUCUAGACUUGUACUUCUGAGCCAUAUCAUCUUUUUACAUAGUGCUGGGGCUUCAACUGCUAUAGAAGACCACUAUAAACAAACUGUUCAUUCUGUUCACAUCGAUGAAAGGUGGCUCAAAUGUCGAAUGUUGGAAGAUCUUCCUUGUCUGUCUUAGGUAUCUCAUUAUGGAUGAGUAUCAAUGAGUUUCAGGGAGAAACUUUACUUUUAUGAUGGAUGCAAGAAUCAUUUAUGAUGACAAUGUUAUUGGCUUCGCUAAAUUAUGCCUUUUUUCCCA